AUGUGUUGCCUAACUAUCCCCUUGCAUUUCGGAUGCUCCUUUGUACAAACUCUAUGUGAAGAGGACGAGUUCUGCUUCGAUGACGGCCUGUUCGGGCGGUGUGAGAGUGCGACCCAGCUGGAGAAAGACCUGUGGCGGCCCAUGCUGGAGCUCGGUGACGCCAAGCUCCUCGAGUCCGAGCUGGAGCGCCUGUGGGCCCAGGGCUACCGCUGGCGACACGUGUACAGCCAGUGCGUGGUCCGAUCGGCGCUCGCCUCCAUUCGCCACAGGCGCCUCUACGACCCGGGUUUCUGCGCGCGCACGCUGCGCAGCACGCUGCCCAUCGUCUCUGACGAGAUAGCCAUGGAGCUGGAUCACCUCAGUCCUGACGACAUAGCAUUUAUCAAGUUUACGCCGAACAUGGCCCUGAGAGAAGGCGUGCCUCCCACGUUUGCGGACGAGGUCUUCUUUCCUCCUCUGGAGAUUCCGGCCGCUCAAAGCUCCCAGCUCUCCUCUGGCGAGGUUGUGGGCGAACGUGACGACACUGCUGAUACCGAGGCCGCCGCUGCAUCCCUGUCCGCCCUCAAGGAAGCGCUCAAGGCGAGAGCCGCCAAGAGGCGCUAUCAGGUCAGUGGGGGAUACAAGGACGACUCCAACGAAACAGGCAGGGGAGGCCACUCCGAAGAAGGCGAGGAGGUGAUCGGAGUUCUUGACUACCUCCGCCAGAUGGCACGAGACACCGCCUCUUUGAUGGACGAGAACGCGGACCGUUAUGAUGUCUUCACUCCACCCGAUGUUCCCGUAGUCGAGACGCAACUGUCGUCGGACCUGGACCAGAAGCCCAUUUUUACGGAGGGCGGAAUUGAGUGGAUUCCCGUCUCCGGCGAAAACGACGACCUCUCGCGGGGUCCACCCCAGACGGCGGAGGGCGGCUCUACAGCGGAGGUUCCCGGAGACUCCCGCGACUCGAGCUCGUCCCUGGUUUCGGGCGACGCGUCGGAGGCUUCGGAUCUUGAGCAGCAGCAACAGCAGCUGCCGGCGCCCUGGGAACCGGAACGACAGGGGUGGAAGGGAAGCGGCGACAAUUCUCUCAGAAUGGGCUGGAUGGACUUCCCCAAGGACCAGCCGUACCGACCGGACGACGAGGACGAAGUCCUGGACAUCGGUCUGCGGCAGGACCCGGCUUUCAGGAGGCCUAUGCGCUAUGACACCAAGAAGCCCGGUCCCACCUACUUCUUUCACGAGCCGGACUCUUCGGAAACCUCCAACGAGAACGAGCAGAAUGCACGUCGAGCGAUGCUGCGACAGCAGAAGCUACGCGCAGGAGCCAGGUACGGAGUGGAAGAAGACGUCGACCAGGAGGACGCUGUACUGGACCACCUCAAGGAAGUUGGGCAAGCGAAUGGCAAGCGGCACGGGCUGCCCGUUCCAGGCGGGGAAAGCCUCGACCCCAGCCGCCGGGGUUCCCAGGAAGUGGGGCCGACUCCCGAUGAUCUCUACACCGCCGUCGACGCCUCGGACGCCUUCGUGGUCGUCGAUGAAGGAGCUCUGACCCCAGAGGAUGGAGACAAACUGGUAUCCGGUCUUCAGCGAGCGCUUUUCUUACCUUCGGGGACGCUUUCAAACAUUCGCGUGGAUGGAAGCCGAGUCAUCUUCAAAGUGAACCCGAAUUCGCAGAACUUCAACGCCUCGACCGUCGCCGCCAAAGCAGAGAGCCUGACUGAUGUGUUACGACAAAAAGCCAACCUGACCAUCGUGGCUGCGGGAGUCGCCGGCGAGCUCGCUCAGCUGGAGCUGGUCCGUCGUCCCGGCGAUGGUCGAAUGCUGGUGGCCACGCUGGUCGCCUGUGGCACCGUGCUGGCGCUCGUGGUGGCCGGGUCCGUGGCGUACCUGGUGCGACGCUCCAGCCUCCGCUCCAAGGAGAAGCUCCAGGGACUCGCCCAGCCGGACACCGAACCCAGCCAGGACUACCAGGACCUGUGUCGUCAGAGAAUGGCGGCCAAGAGCCACGAGAAGGCCGAGACCAUCCACGUGGCCCAGUCGCCCAAGCGGGUGAGCAGUCUGUCCCAGAGCGAACCAUCCCAGCCUGGAUCCAGGUCCUCCACUUCGUCCUGGAGUGAAGAACCAGUUACGUCUAAUCUGGACGUCUCUACAGGACACAUGAUCCUCUCGUACAUGGAAGACCACCUCAAGUGCAAAGACCGCCUGGCCCGCGAAUGGGAAGCCCUGUGCGCGUACGAAGCCGACCCCUGCGCCACGACCGCUGCCUCGCUGGCCGCUAACAUGAAGAAGAACAGAUACCCGGACGUCUUGCCUUAUGACCACUCCAGGGUGAUCCUCAACGAUGUGUCCAACAUGAACAGCUCCGAUUAUAUCAACGCUAGCACAAUCACCGAUCACGACCCACGCAACCCGGCUUACAUCGCCAGUCAAGGCCCUCUACCGCACACCACCGCUGACUUCUGGCAGAUGAUAUGGGAGCAAGGCAGCGUGGUGAUCGUCAUGCUGAGCAGACUCAUGGAAAACGGCGUGGCAAUGUGCCACCGCUACUGGCCUGAGGAAGGCAGCGAGGUUUACCACACCUACGAGGUGCACCUGGUGUCGGAGCACAUCUGGUGCGACGACUACCUGGUCCGCAGCUUCUAUCUCAAGAACCUCAAGACGAGCGAGACCCGUACAGUGACGCAGUUCCACUUCCUGUCGUGGCCAGACAACGGUAUCCCGGCUUCCAUCAAAGCCAUCCUCGAGUUCAGAAGGAAAGUCAACAAGUCCUACCGCGGACGGUCCUGCCCCAUCGUCGUGCACUGCAGGUGUAAACAUUACACACCAGAUGGCGCCACGAUACGUUCAAAGCUCGAUAUGGCGAACGCAGCGAUGAAGGUGCAGGAUUUGAAAAGGGUGCUGAAGGCACGGGGCCUCUCCACCGCUGGCAACAAGAGUGAACUCGUGGAACGCCUACAAACAAUUGGGGAUGCUCCCAAGGACAUUCCGCAGGAUCUGCAUGGUGUCAUUUCCAGUCUGGAGUCCCCGGGCAGCCGCAACAUGAUGGCGAAGGAAGACGAGGUGACUUCCGAAAACAACGAUAUCACGGCAACUCCUACGGCUACACUGCCCGAUGCCCAACGUAACCUUCAGUCUCAGGAGCUCCCGGGCAGCUUUGAGGCGGCGACCGAAGAUGGAGGGAGUCUCCCGAUGACAGCCAAAGUCGACACGGAAGAGGCCAGGCCGGACGGACUGCAGUGCCAUACCCCCGUGCAGUUUCCAGAAACCAACACGCUCCCGGACUCCGGACCUACUGCCAAAGAAAGUCUGUACGAACACAAGGACAGAGGUACAGAUAAGAACCGGCUUCACCCGUCUGCGUCGACCUACGACCUGGCAGUAAAAGAGAUGACCCAGAAGGCCAACAAAGAUAACAUGUCAUCGUCAGACAGGGGGCUUGUGAGCAAGGGGUUGACAGGGGAGCGCGCAGGCUAUAACUGCAGUGUUUGCACCUCACUCGAGUGUGCACAAACAUCGCAGCAAACUAGGCUUGAAGAGCUCGGAAGUCAAAUGAGCGAACUGACCAAUCGUCUACAACACGCUGAUGCAGAGAGGAAAAAAUUUGACCAGAUGGCUCAGCGGCUGAAGAGGCUUGAAAAUAUGUGGCAAGAAAGGUUGGAAAGCAAGGAAGCACUGCUGAGUUUGAUGGCCCGAUGCGAGGGACUCGAAACAAGGCUCAACAGGUUGCUGAAUGAUCAGUUAGCAGACCUGCAUGUGGCGUCACAAGAAGACACCUGCGACGACCAGGGGGUACUCUCUACCUCGACGCAUAAAACGCAGGCGUCCCAGACAGAUCUACUGGGUAUUAGGGGCGUGGAGAAAGCAAAUGAAGCUCAAGAAGCCGAGAGCAACAAGACAAGCGUGGAUGACACGUGCCCAAAGUGUGCCUCAGGCGUCAAUAGAGCUGAUGGUAGUAAGGAGAGACUAGGACGACAGUCACUCCUGUGUCCCCCAGAUAACAACAGGGAGACGUGCAGAACCUUAAUGAGCCAUGAAAAAUCCACCCAGCGAUUCGUACGACCACCCUGGGGCGUAAAACGGGAGGUUUUAAUUGCUGGAGUCCAUAAUGUAGGGCAAUUUGCACAGACUCUUCAUGGAGAGAUGACAGAUGACCAAAGGUUUGAAAUACUGAUGAACAGAAAGGCGACUGUGGCAACAGUUCAUGCACUGAUCGCAGAGUAUGAAGGACAGGCGAGGAGAAUUCCUAGGAUGUACAUCCUACAUGUUGGGAUGAACGACCUUUUGCAAGGACACCAACCGGAUGCAAUUGAGGAGUGCCUAGAAAACAAGUGGAGAACGAGAAAAGGUGCCCUGGUGGUUUGCUCUAUCCCCGAAGUUACGAGCAGAGGCAAGGAGAUGCAGGCAGCAGCUAUGCUGUUAAAAUGCCAGGCUCAAAAAAAUGUGCAAAAAAAUACGAGCCAAAUAUGUGGACCUAACUCGGGACCUAGCGAUCACAGCCACAAUGAAGAAGGACGGGCUGCAUUACAAUAA